AUGAAUGUAGAUUCACAUAAACCUUUUGAAGAACAUCAGAUCAGUUUGAAGAGCAGAUGUGAACAUGUGAUCGAAAGAAGUGAUGAAACACAGAGAGGACCUCCCCUCAAAAAGAUCUACACUGAGCUCUACAUCACAGAGGGACUGAGAGAAGAAGUUCAUACCCAACAUGAGGUCUGGCAGCUGGAGACAAUCUCAAGGAACAACUCCUUCCACAAUGUUCCAAUUGAGUGCCAGUACAUCUUCAAAGUCCUAAAUGACCAAGAUGGAUCCAUCAGAGUGGUUCUGACAAGCGGUGUCGCUGGAAUUGGAAAAACCUUCUUAGUGCAGAAGUUCACUCUAGACUGGGCCGAGGGCUUGGAGAACCAAGACAUCAGUGCAGUGGUUCCUCUGUCAUUCAGGGAGAUGAACUUGAUCAGAGAUGAGCAGCACAGUCUUCUCACUCUCAUCCAACUUUUCCAUCCAACCUUCCAGAAGAUCCCAGCAGAGCAGCUGUCUGUCUGGAAACUUCUCUUCAUCUUUGAUGGUCUGGAUGAAAGCAGACUUUCUCUGGACUUCAACAACAGUCAGGUGGUGUCUGAUGUCACUCAGAAGUCAUCAAUCAAUGUUCUUCUGACAAACCUCAUCCAGGGACGUCUGCUUCCCUCAGCUCUGGUCUGGAUCACUUCCAGACCUGCAGCAGCCAAUCAGAUCCCUCCUUCAUGUGUCUCCAGGGUAACAGAAGUACGAGGCUUCACUGACUCCCAGAAGGAGGAGUGCUUCAGGAAGAGAUUCAGUGAUGAAGAUCUGUCCAGCAGAAUCAUCUCCCACAUCAAGGCCUCCAAGAGUCUCUUCAUCAUGUGUGAAGUUCCAAUCUUCUGCUGGAUCACUGCUGUGGUUCUAGAGCACAUGUUGACCACAGAACAGAGAGAAGAGCUUCCUAAGACCCUGACUGACAUGUACUCACACUUCCUGAUGGUCCAGACAAAGAGGAAGAAGAACAAAUACCAGCAGGAACAUGAGGAGAAUCCACAGGAGCUGACAGAGGCUGACAUGGAAGUUCUUCUGAAGCUGGGGAGGCUGGCAUUUGAACAUCUGGAGAAAGGAAACAUCAUGUUCUACCAAGAAGACCUGGAGCAGUGUGGUCUGGAUGUCACAGAGGCUUCUUUGUACUCAGGAGUUUGUACUGAGAUCUUCAGAAGAGAGUGUCAGAUCUUCCAGAAAACAGUCUACUGCUUUGUUCAUCUGAGUGUUCAGGAGUUUCUGGCUGCAGUUUACAUGAUCCACUGUUUCAACAACAAGAAGACAGAGGUGGUGGAGAAUCUCCUGAAGAAUCAAACAACCAGCUCUAUUCUAGAUGAGUUUCUUAGCAGGAUCAUGAAGAAAUCCCUGCAGAGUCAAACUGGUCACCUGGAUCUGUUUGUUCGUUUUCUUCAUGGUCUCUCUGUGGAGUCCAACCAGAGACUCUUGGGAAGUCUGCUGGGUCAGACAGAGAACAGUCCAGAAAUUAUCCAGAGAAUCAUCAACAACCUGAAGGAAAUGAAGACCAAUGACAUGUCUCCUGACAGAAGCAUCAACAUCUUCCACUGUCUGAUGGAGAUGAAGGACCUCUCAGUUCAUCAGGAGAUCCAAGAGUUCCUGAAGUCAGAGAACAGAUCAGAGAAGGAACUUUCAGAGAUCCAUUGCUCAGCUUUGGCCUACAUGCUGCAGAUGUCAGAGGAAGUUCUGGAUGAGUUGUACCUGGAUGAGUAUAAAACAUCUAGAGAAGGUCGAUGGAGACUGAUUGCAGCUGUGAGGAACUGCAAGAAGUUUAGGAUGGGGUUUGUGUCAAAACCUUCUGGAGACGAGUCAAAUCAUGAGUCCAGUUGGUAA